AUGAUUGACGAUCCGUUCAUGUGGGCAUGGCUUCCGCUCGUCCCGCUUGUCGUGCACCCUGAACGGACAAGGUGGAGUUUAGGUGCGCAGGAUUUGCUGUUUCGCAAUGCCAUUUCGCGCUGGUUCUUUUCUGCAGGGCAAGUGGUCCCUGUUUUUAGAGCGCCAGGAAGCUUCCCAACUAUAGCUGUGAAGACCGCUAUGCAAAGACUCGCCGAGAACUGCUGGAUACAUCUUUUUAGCGAAGGACAUAUCUAUCAGAACCACAAUGAUGCCCCUGUUCUCCCAUUGAAACCAGGGGCUGCAUUUCUGAUAGCUAAGCAUUACGAAUCGACAGGAAACGCUCCUAUAGUGAUCCCAAUGCUUCUCUGCGCGUUUCAACAAUUCUUACCAGCACACAAAAUUAUACCACGGUUUCUCUCUGCAAGGACAAAACUAAUUAUUUCAUCCCCUGCAAACUCGGGAAUCACAGCCACCUUUCUACGCUCGCUGGACAGGCUCAAUCAAAGAGAGCGCAUUGCCAGAAUAUCUUGCGAACUGGACCGGUCGGUUGCACGCAUUUAUGCUAGAGCUAUGUGUGAGACAUAUUGA